AAUGAAAACAUUUUAUUGGAACGAAAAAAGCAAGAACUGUUCGAUGUCCAGCUAUUUAUUGCAGCCUUGCGGAUUCUUCCACAAACUCGAAACGUGCAAUACAAUAUGCUCCAAGAAAUCAUGGACUUUACCUGACUUAGAAAAAUAUCCAUAUUUUCAGUUCAGUUAGCAGUCAACAUGAAGGGAUGCAUAUUUUUCGUAGUGCUGUCACUAUAUAACCUGUCCAUUGGUACCGCGGUUGUUCAGAGCCCAAUCUACGCUAUUCUGUGCAAGCGAACAGGAGGAUCAAUAACUUGUUAUCAAGACAACACCUGGGGCUUUAAUGAGAAGACUCGUACAUGCUAUCGUGUACGAAAGGCUCAAGGACCAUGCGGCUUUUUCGAUGGUAAAAAGGGUUGCGAGGACUUUUGCAUCAAAGGAAAGGGAUAAUUCAGCGUAAUACUGUCCUGAUAUGUGAAUUAAAUUAAUGGUUUUACGUGUCUAAUAUACCAUUAAAUAUAUUUGAAGAAAUAUCUGAAGCCAUGAAAA